GAACCAGCAAAAUCCGAAGAGGUGAAGCAGGAAGCAGAGCCCAAGCAGGAGCCGCCAGAAGAGUUUUCAGCAGAGAGCGCAGGUGCAUCAGAGAGCAAGUCGAAGAAGGCCGAGACCAGUCACGCCGAGACUGACAACGCAGAGACCAGCGAAGCCCGGAACGGCAAUGCUGAGACAGGCAAUGGCAACUCCGAUGCCAAGAAGGACGAUGAGGAGGACUCUGACGAUGCAUGGGGCGACUGGACAAAGAAAGGUAAGGAGGAGGAGGAGGAAGACAAAGAGGAUGACGAAGAAGAUGGGUGGGGCGACUGGACAAAAAAAGGUGUGGUGGUGUGCUUACAAGCGUGUGAGAUGCGCGGACACGUGAUGAUUGCGCAGCAAGUUCCGAUCAUGCAGCCUGCAUGGUAA